AUGGCCAAAACAAGUGCUUCUCGGGCCAACCGGCCCAGACGCGCGUCUUUUCUGGGGCUGAUGGCGUUGGUUGUGAUUCUGCCACCCCAGGUGGAAGGCACCGCAGUUGUGUCACAGAGCCACACUGAUCUCAGCUCAGAUACUUCUGCUCAGAAUUUGCCUGCGUCCCCUGGGAACCAUAGCCACUCCGUGUCCCCCUUGAAUACCACCACGCUGCCAUCCAUGCCAAGUGCCAAGAGCAGAGGGGCCUCUGCCACCCCCAGGCCUCCCCCACCCACUUUCCCGCCCCGGGAGGAGCCUGAGAGCCACGAAGAUCCCAGCAUGGAGGAGGAGGAUCUGCUCACGCACAGUUCUCCGCCCACUGCCAGGGACUCUCCAGAUGCCGGCGAGUACGGAGAGCCGGACUAUGGCUGGACCACCAACCCCGAGGCCGAGGCUGAGCCUGAGCCCGAGGAGAACUUAGACGAGAACAGCGGUUACAUGGAAAUUGAACACUCAGUGAAAUCUUUUAAGACCCCAUCCUCAAAUAUGGAAGAAGAUAACCAUGUCUUUUUCCAUCUUAUUUUUGCUUUUUGCGUCGCUGUUGUUUAUGUUACAUAUCACAAGAGAAAGGGAAGUUUGCGUCUUGAUUUCUUGCAGAUUUCCCUUCUGGUUCAGAGCAGGAGAUGGCGCGAUGGCCUCUGUUCUGAAACAGUGGGGGACCAUCGUCCGGACCAGAACGUGAAUGAGGCCAUGCCAUCACUCAAGAUCACCAACGAUUACAUUUAUUAAAGCACUGUGAUUUGCUUGCUUGUUAUGUAAUUUUAUUUGCUCAACUUUU